AUGUCAUUCUGCAGAGCUAUUCACCCUCCGGUGACAUCAUCCGCCACCAUGUUCAAAUACAUCAACAAGCCAUCUAACCAGAGUCUUCGGGCUUUCUCGUCGUGUGGACGCCUAUACACCUCGUCAAAGCGUGAUAUGCAAACCGCUACAGCCUACCGUCCUCACUCGCUACCGACUUCAUUCCCCUUCCCCCGAAACGCUGGCGUUCCCGACACUUCGAUCUCAGCCGAUUACCCCCCCAACCUCGAGAACAUGACACAACAGAAGCAACAAUCAGCCAUGUCGCCCAACGUGAGCCUGAGAGAGAAGGAGGCACAGCAACCUAAGCCUAUGGAGUCGUCCGCUAAGAAGCCCGCCGAGAAGCCUCGGAGAAAGUUGCGGCCUCGAAAGGCUGCUAUGAAGGUCACGCCCACAGCGAUUGAACAACUACGCAAACUAGUUGCCCAACCCGAUCCCAAAUUUAUCCGAGUCGGCGUCAAGAACAAGGGCUGCUCGGGUCUCGCAUACCAUCUCGAAUAUGUGGAGAAGCCCGGUACCUUUGACGAGGUUGUGGAACAGGACGGUAUCAAGGUCCUUAUUGACAGUAAGGCGCUGUUCAGUAUAAUCGGAAGCGAGAUGGACUGGCACCAGGAUAAACUGAGCCAGAGAUUUGUUUUCCGCAACCCCAACAUCAAGGAAUCAUGCGGAUGUGGUGAAUCCUUCAUGGUAUAA